ACUAAAUCCGCCAGUUUAGGACCCAAUGGCAACAAGGUUCAAUUGGUUUCUCGAAGAGAUCGCGAGGAAAAAAACGCAAUGGCUUACGAAAAAAUAGUGGAUUUGGAUACCAUUAGUAAAAAGAAUACUAUGAGCAACAAGGCAACUUCUCUGCCCGCUAGUUUGAACGGUAACGGAGUUGGCACAAAGGGGGCUGGACAAGGACAAGGAGGCUCCUCUGGCACCUCAAACAAAGUUAAUCUUCAAACAAAUAGUACAACUUCUGCCGUCGCAGAGGGUACUAAGAGAAGAGGCGGCGCGGAUAAAGAAGACCCAGCGUCAGUGAGAGGAUGGGAAGAUGGCCCACCACCAGCUCGCUUUGCUGGAGGAGGUGACAACAAGGCUACUGCGGCGACAGGACGUGCUGCAGAAUCGAAAACCGCUGCUGCGUCUGGGGGAACUAAUUCUAAUGCACUAGAUCAUGCUCAGGAACAAAUAAAAGGCUCUAGUACUACAACAACAGUUCUUAAAGAGGAUGCUGACAUCAGGAGUUCUUCCACAAAUGGUGCUGACAAAGUCGUGAAGCAAGCAGCUCCUAUGGCAAAACUCCAGCAUGUACCGAAAAGCUCUGCGAUUUCCAAGAAAGAAACAGUGGC